GUAUCACUUACCUGCCUUUCGAGGAAUGGUACAGUCGUACCUGUAUACUCUAUCUGGCUGAAUGCGGAGAGCGGCUUUGGCCGCGUUCGGCGAUUUAUUACAUUUAUGGAUAAGGGAUUGAAAUAUAUACAUUCCUGAACUACUCGAGUCAAGCUUGUUUAAGGUUAUCUAGUAUAUUUGGAUUUCUUGACGACGAUAUUUGUGAUUUUGAAGAGAAAUAUCAGACAAAAUGUCGAUAGAAGUAGCGAAGGCUGUUGAUGCCGAUAAUCUCGUUAUUCCUGUAAUUUCCCUUUCAUUCCAUGAUUCUCCCUUCCUCUAAUUCCAUCUAAUCAUCAAUCUCCUGUUCAUCCCAUCGCAAACUAACCUUCAUCUCACUCACCAGAUAAUAAACUUCUCUCACUUCCUAACCGGUACACCAACCCAACGUCUCCAAACCGCCCAAUCCAUCCUCCACGGUUUCCGCACCGCAGGAUUCAUCUACCUAUCCCACCACCCCAUCCCCCCACCCACACUCUCUCACACCUUUUCCAUAUCAGCCAAAUUCUUCGCCCGUCCCUCCUCACAAAAGAUCCCUAGCCUGGACAACACCCCUCGCAAACCGAGGCUACGUAGCCCACGGCCGCGAAAAAACCACAACACUUACAGAUAAAAAAGCAGUUGCGGAACUAAAAGCCCAAGCACCCGAUCUUAAAGAAAGUUUCGAGAUAGGGAAAGAAGGUGAAGAGGAAUUACCUAAUAAUUGGCCUCCUAUUACUCCUGAAGAUGAAGAUGCAAGAGAGUUCAAAGAGACGAUGUUGAAAUUUCAUGAUUUGUGCAAGGAGCUUCAUAUUAAUGUUAUGCGAGCUAUUGCUCUUGGGAUGUCGUUGCCGGAAUCUUAUUUUGAUGGAUUUACUAGUGCGGGGGAUAAUACUUUACGCUUGCUACAUUAUCCUCCUGCGAGUGCAAGUGUGUUUAAGGAAAAUAAGUUGCAAGUUAGGGCAGGGGAACAUACGGAUUAUGGUAGUAUUACAUUACUGUUUCAAGAUGAUAGAGGAGGUCUACAGGUAAAGAGUCCGAAGGGAACAUUUGUUGAUGCAACGCCUGUAGAGGGUACGGUGGUGGUAAAUGCCGGGGAUCUGUUGGCGAGGUGGAGUAAUGAUUUUAUCAAGAGUACUUUGCAUAGAGUUGUGGAACCUCCUCCCAAGGAAGGUCAAGAAAUUAAGGAAGACGGUGUCUAUCCAGCGAGAUACAGUAUAGCAUAUUUCUGCAACCCAAAUUUCGACCGUAUGAUUGAAGCAAUUGAGGGGACGUAUGGAGGUGAAUUGGGAGAGAGAAAAUAUGAGGGGAUUAAUUCGGGGGAGUAUUUGGUGCAGAGGUUGGCUGCUACGUAUUAGGUUGAUUGCGUAUAUGUGGUAUUGUUAUUUAUUUGUAUGAGGAAAAGCAAAUGCGGUUGAUUUUGUGUUGGUUUCUUUGCUUUCGGAAAUGUGAA